AUGAGUGCCUUCUUCGGCAUUAUAAGGCGCCCCUUGUGGCCUUUUAGAGUUCAUCGAUUGCAAUUUUCCCCUUAUCCUCUUGAAUUGCAAUCGGCGCAUACCCUCAUCUCUGAGUUUCUCCAGAUGGCUACCACGGUUUCUGCUGUAUUCACUGAUGAAGCGGUCGCUGUUUCAGAGGAACGAACCGGCCUCGGCCUCAUUGGGCGAGUUUUUGGCCCCGCUCCGUCUCUGGGAAGCCUCCAACGCCUCUUGGUUGACAUUUGGAACUGCAAAGGGCUUCUGACGGUCCUGCCGAUGCCUGCGGGACUGGUCCAAUUCAUCUUCUCGGACCCCUUGGAUCGAAAGAAGGUUCUGGCGGUUACUCCCUGGAUCAUAUCCCGGUUUAUGAUUCAUGUGCGUGAAUGGGUGGAACCGUCGGAGGAGGUCGCUCAAUCACUUCUUAGGGUGUCGCUGAAUGUCCAACUCUGGGAUGUGCCCUAUGAAUGCCUCACUACCCUCAUGGCCCGCUGCCUGGGUUCAGCAAUGGGCGACCUAAAAGAUGCGGCUGUAUAUGUCGGAGCAGAAACAGGGGGUGCUUUUCUCCAUGUUCGAGUGCCUCUGGAUGUUUCGGCGCCGUUACCUCAGUCUGUAACUGCUUCUCAUGUGGCCAACAGUAAGGGUCCUUUCAAAGCUCUGGUUUUGUUUGAACGUCUACCACUGUUCUGCUUUUGUUGUGGAGUUAUAGGUCACAGUGGGCGCCGUUGUGCUCGUGCUCCGGAGUUCGUCGGGAAACCAUUACCUUAUGGGAGUCAUACUCUGGCCAAGGAAGAGGGGGCUAAAGUUGACGAACGUACUCUACGCCGUCGGCACCCCAAACUAUCCUGGACUCGGCAAUCCGGGGAUUCCUCCGCGGUGGCUAAGUCUUCGGCCCCAAAGAUGGACCAGGCAAGGUCAGAGAUGCAGCGUCUAACCAUUCAGGCUGCACAUCUUUCUCCAGUUCAGCAUGGUGGAAUGGCACUCGUGCGCAAACGUGAUGCUUUGGAGGAAGGAGAAAUCCUCCCGGCGACCAAGUCUGUGUGUGUGAAUCCUUUGGAGAAGAAUGCUGAUUGUGCUGAAAACGAAGUCAGGGUGGAGGCAACCGGCCCUUCUCGGUCCCAAUCCACACCAUGA